GAGCGACAGAGAGAGAAAGCGAGAGGGGGAGAGGGGGAGACUGAUCACGUGACCCAGCAAGAUGGCGACUAUAAUGUAGAAUGGGGGAUGAUUUAAACUGAGAGGGUGGAAAUUUGGAUCUGCUGCCUAAUUGUUCAUCAUCAUUAUUAUCUUAGAAUCAAGAUGGCCCUAAAUGUCUUUGAUCAUGAUGAAUACAGGCCACCAGUGUGGAAAUCCUACUUGUAUCAGCUCCAGCAGGAGGCACCUCACCCACGCAGAGUCACCUGCACCUGUGAGGUGGAAAACCGACCUAAAUACUAUGGCAGAGAGUUCCAUGGGAUGAUCUCAAGAGAAGAGGCUGACCAGUUACUGAGUCAGGCAGAGGGCAGCUACCUCAUCAGAGAGAGUCAGAGGCAGCCAGGCACUUACACACUGGCUCUAAGGUUUGGGAACCAGACAAGAAACUUCCGUCUCUACCAUGACGGGAAACACUUUGUUGGGGAAAAAAGGUUUGAGUCCAUCCAUGACCUCGUCACAGAUGGCCUCAUCACACUCUAUAUCGAGACAAAGGCAGCAGAGUACAUCGCUAAGAUGACCAUAAAUCCUAUCUAUGAGCAUGUGGGAUACACCACUCUGAACCAGGAGCCCACCCUGAAAAAACACCUCCCUCACAGCCAGGAGGAACCUGACGGACCGACUCCAGCCAAAGAUGACCAUAACACAGAGGAAAGGCUCACAUCACUGGUGCGGCGGGCCACCCUGAGGGAGAGCGACUUGGCGCCCAAGUAUGAGAAGGUCCACAACUUCAAGGUUCAUACAUUCAGGGGUCCCCAUUGGUGUGAGUACUGUGCCAACUUCAUGUGGGGUCUCAUCGCUCAGGGAGUGAAAUGUGCAGAUUGUGGGUUGAACGUCCAUAAGCAGUGCUCCAAAGUCGUACCCAACGACUGCCAGCCAGACCUUCGGCACGUCAAGAAGGUGUACAGCUGUGACCUGACAACGCUGGUCAAAGCCCACAACACCAAGAGACCCAUGGUGGUUGACAUGUGUAUACAGGAAAUUGAGGCCAGAGGUCUUCAGUCAGAAGGUUUAUACAGAAUAUCAGGCUUCAGCGAGCUGAUUGAAGACGUCAAACUGGCCUUUGAUAGAGACGGAGAGAAAGCAGACAUAUCCUCAAAUGCUUACGAGGACAUCAACAUCAUCACCGGAGCCCUCAAACUGUACUUCAGAGAGCUGCCCAUACCCCUCAUCACGUAUGAUGCCUACCCACGCUUCAUAGAAGCUGCAAAAAUAACAGACCCAGAGAAACGACUGGAGGCCCUCCAUGAGGCCUUGAAGCUGCUGCCACCAGCUCACUGCGAGACGCUGCGAUACCUCAUGGGUCACCUCAAGAGAGUGACACAAUACGAGAAGGAGAAUCUCAUGACUAGCGAGAAUUUAGGCAUCGUCUUCGGCCCAACGCUUAUGAGGGCGCCCGAGCUCGACGCCAUGACGGCACUCAACGAUAUCCGAUAUCAGAGACUUGUGGUGGAAAGUCUCAUUACCAAUGAAGAUGUGUUGUUCUGAGGUGCAAGAGGAGAUAAAAAGAGAGACUGGGGAUGACACGUGAAUGCUUUUAAAGAUAAAAAGGUGGCUUCUAAUGAGAAAAUGAAGGAGAAACAUGCAAGAUACUUGUGUCUCGCUAGAGAGGAUUAAAAAAUAUACUACCUGCUUUUGUGAUGGUUGGAUAAAUCGAGAAAUGAAGGAAGUGUCUGUCUUCAUGAAAGCAAUUUAACAAAAUCUAUCUUGAGACACAGCAGCUUUGAGUGAAGAAGUGGAUGGAAGGACCCAGCAUUUCCCUAAAUUUUAAUGAAAAUAGGAGCAAAACAUCAAGUCAACGAGCUCUACUUUGUCUCUAUGAGUUGGUAUUACAAACACCCUGUAUCAGCGAGAGAAUUAACAAUGUGUGGUAGAAACACUGCACCAUCUAUCUUUACGUUCUUGUCAUUUCUUCCUACAAGGAUGCCUUGACAUUUUGGAUUGUGGAAAAACAUGACUGUAUUGAAAAUGUUAGCUUGGUUAGUGUUUAUCAUUGAAAGUCCUGGUAAGUUUUCUUGUUUUCUUAGUGUCAGUGUGUCCCAUUUGAUCCUCUUGAAGAGAAGAAGCAGCAGCACUGGCUUCCUAACAGUAGACAGCCGGAUGAAUGAAUGAAUGACUGGAAAAAGUGUAUUGCUCACGUUUGGCGCAUACUCAUUCCUCCAAAUGGAACUAAAGUGAUUUGGGCCUAUGGCCUUUCUUUUUUCCUUCCUCUUCUUUUGCUCCGCUUUUGCUUCACGUCGCGCCCCGUCGCUGAAUUAUAACCACACAGCAACCUCAAACCGCCUUCUUCUUCUACUUUUUUUUCUUUUUUUGUGGUGUGAUGAUGUGUAAUUGCGCCCGGCGAUGAAGUGGGCGGAGCUGCAAAUUAACAAUCCUUCAUUCUCUCACUUCUCCACUUUCUGCGCGUUGAAAACCUGACAGGAAAUGACACUUAAAAUUCAGCGAGAGUCUAUUUAAAGGAAGCGUUUUUCCAGUUCCUGAAAGAGCAUCUUUCCAAGUGAAAAUUUUGUUUCUGACACAACUUAUAAACAUAGAGCAAGAAAUACUGUGCCAGACCAUCUGUCAGACAUGAACACACAGUAUUUACCAGUAAUUGUCAGGCAGCUUUAGCCGUCAUACUUUGCUGUAGUGGCAGAUGCCGAGGGGAGGGACACCCUCGUUUGACUUGAAACGCAAAUACGUGAGGCCAGUACUGUUUUUGCUUUGGUUUGUCAUUUGUAUAAAGCAGUGCUGUAAUUAAGCAGUGUUUUGUUAUGAAGGAGAUUUUUGAGAUGAAAAUACUAAUUUAAAUUCAUCAUCACUCGCCCGACUGCAAUUCAACAAAAUGAAGCACACUAAUAAUUUCAAGGCCCAUCUCUGUUAUUGGCCUGAGUGGGAUAAUUGGGCAAGUUUUAAUAUCAAAUCGAAUCCCAAUUGCUUUGCAUCAGUGCUUUGCCUCUCCUUCUGUAAACAUGUUUGGAAGUCAUGUAUCUGUCACUUGUGUUGAUGCCACUUAAUCUAACUGUGAAACUGGAGGAAGUGAUGAUAAUUUCAAGCCCAAAGGUCAGUCUGUAUUUCAUAUCUUAACGUCUGCCUUCUGCAGUGAACAUGAGAUUUUUCCCUGACUAGAGCAGGUGACAGAUUACAGAGGUUUUUGAGUUUGCUGUAAUGUUUUGAUGCCAUAAAAGCAGUGUCCAUGAUAGAAAUCAUCUGUCCAUGCUUUUUUAUUUGUUGUUAAACUAGUGCCAUUUGAAAGGGUGGAGGUGUAAAAUGAAGGCUUUCUGCAUGUACCCCCACCUGCUAUAACUCACCUUUACUCAUUCCUCCCCCCAUUUUUGUCGGGGGGUUCACUGAGUAGUGAAGACCCACCCGGCUUGAAGACCUUUUUGGCUUUUUUUUGGUUUGGUUUCUUUUUUUGUAAAGCAAGGACAGUUACUGGGUGUAAAUCAAAUUGAUGUAACAUAAAAAUAACAUCAGCAUUUUUCUAAUGGAUUAUGUUUUCAUGUUAUCUGUUUUCUUUAUUUACAUUGUCUAACCAUAGACUAACUCUUAUCAGACUAACCUGAUGAAAACUUGUGACCCUUCAGUGAUCUGUGACGGCUGCUUUUUUAGCAUCAUGAUUAAAAUGUGUUGGGGUUUUUUGGUUUUGUUUUGUUUUUUUAUUGUCAUUGCUGUAAAGUAUUUUCUAUAUGGUUUAUGCAUGGUGAAGUUAAAUUAUUAAAUAUGACUUUAAGUUG